AGAGGAUAAAGAAGAGUGGUUUUGGACUAGUGGAGUCUCACCUGCUUCUCUAACAAAAGUACCCGCUGGGACGUUACUAUGGAAACCACAAAGAUGACGCUGGAGGCAGAGACGUCGCAGAUGUCUCACAGCUUGAAAGUGUCCUCUCAAAAGAAGAAGAGGACCUUCACUUCCAGUGAGGAGGAGACCUUUCAGAACACCUUCCCCAUUAUCUCUGCAGAUGUGAUGUCUGUGAAAGAACUACUGGACAUCGGCAGCUCCUCCCGCCACACGGCAUGGGAAAUCAUGAAGGACAUGGCCCAUAAAGAGUACCGCAGAAUGAAGUGGACUUUAUUUGGGAACGAGGCUGAGAAGAUGGAGCGAGAUGUCUCAAAGACCCGCCUCAUUCUACGCAGUCGAGUGGACAAGAUAGCACUUCGAAAUAGGGGAGAAGAGAAGGUAGCAGCUCAGAGAAAUUACCUCGAAGCUCUGAGGAGGAGGGCCCCUGACUUCAUCAUCCCCCUGCGCUCUCACACGGUCUGGGAGGGCAUGAGAGUUGUGCUCACAUGUACUGUACAGGGCUAUCCUCCUCCUAAGAUCACAUGGUUUAAGGACGGGGUUCCACUCAGAUGCCCUCACCAUGCUUGGAAUUAUACUCCCGAACAGAAAUAUGGCGUGUGCACCCUGGAAAUCAGAAGGUGCUCCCCUGCUGACGCUGGCAAGUACAAAGUGAUAGCCAAGAGCGCACUGGGCCAAGCUACAACUUUCGCAACACUCGUGGUCAACUCCUUUCAAGGAGCUACCUCUGGUUCGGAGCGUUCACAGACCUUCGAACCAGAAGCCCAGUUUGCCUGUGCCCUCUGUCCAACCUGGGUGACUGAGGGAGAGAGACUCACUCUGCAGUGCACCUUCACCUGUCCACUCCUGCCCUUCCAACAGGACGUCACCUGGUUCAAAGAUGGGGUACAGUUGGAGCCAUCUAAAACGGUGAAUAUGAAGACUGACAGCAACUUGGCCACCUUGAUACUAGAGCCAAUGCACAAGGAGCACGAAGGGGUCUACACUGUUCAUCUCAGGACGAGGUCUGGAAUACAGGAACGCAGUACUUUUGUCUAUGUCAAAGAUGCAGCAGCCAUAGUGCAGGGGGGUCCGGGCUCUCCUCUGAAUGUCCAAGUAUCAGACAUCAACAAGGAUUAUGUGUUCCUCACCUGGGAACCACCCAGUGCUGAUGGAAGCUCAUUUGUGGAGGGCUACCAUGUGGAGAGAAAGGAGCUCAGUGAGGAGCAGUGGACCCGCUGUAACUCACAGAUCCAGAAAGCCUGCCACUUCCCUGUGUUUGGGCUAAAGCCUGGUGCCUACUACCAGUUUCGAGUGCGUGCUGUAAACAAGGCUGGAGCUGGCCGUCCUUCAAAACCUACAGACCCCAUCCUCACUGAAGACCCCCAGGAGGCCACCAGGAAAAUGGUGGUCAGUGUUGACAGAGGAAGGACACUCACAGUCACCAAAGAUGAGCUGGAAGGUGACGUGACAGUUCCUUUUCCUCCGACCGAUGUGCACGCUAGUGAGAGGACUGACUCGUACGUGGUGCUGAGCUGGAGCCCCCCAGAGCCCAGAGGCAGAGAGCCCCUCACCUACUACGUGGAGAGGUCGUUAGCAGGUGGAAACUGGGAGAGGGUCAGUCUGGACAUGGUGGUCAGCUCUCCUCGUUUCCCAGUGUUUGACCUGGUCAAGGGCAGGAGGUACUACUUCAGAGUGCGCUCUGUGAACAAGUAUGGAGUCAGUGACCCCUCUGACGCCAGUGGUCCUGUGUCCUUGGGAAAACCACAAGCCCUGCCCACUCCCCCACACUCACUAAUACCCUACAGAGACACAGACACCUCAGUGCUGCUGAAGUGGCAGGAGCCCGAGGACAAAGAGGGCAUCCUGGGCUACUAUCUAUACUACAGCGAGAAGGGUAAAGAGAACUGGAAAACCAUCAACAACAAACCUUGCACCAAGACCAGUUUCACUGUACAUGGGCUCAAGACGGGGAAAGAGUAUGUGUUCAGAGUCAAGUCCGUGAGCAGAGCUGGAAACAGCAUCUCCUCAGAGGAGUCUCCCCCCAUCACAGUCAAAGCAGCUCUCAGAGUGCCAUCUGCUCCAUCUGCCAUUGUUCUGCUGCUGUGCACUGACUCAGAGAUGGUGGUGGGCUGGAGGGCCCCUGCUCGUAGUGGAGGAGACCCUGUGCGAGGCUACUACCUGGACCAAAAGGAGGAGGGAGAGGAGGUGUGGAGAGAGGUCAAUGAGAAGGCUGUCCCAGAAAGGAAGCUCAAGGUGUCUAACUUGACCAGUGGAAACUAUUACCAAUUCCGUGUUUUUGCUGCCAACGUGGUGGGUGUGAGUAAGCCCUCGGAGCCCAGUGAGCCGUUCCUUUGUGAGAAAUGGACAAUGCCAGAACCAGGCCCUCCCUAUGACGUACAGAUUAAAGAGGUCAGAGACACCUCCCUGGUUGCUGUGUGGUCUCCUCCUCUGUACGAAGGACAAGGGCCUGUUACUGGAUAUUUACUGGAGGUUUGCCAGGGCGACCAAUCAGACGAAUGGACUGCUAUUAAUGACCAGCCCAUCACUGGUACACAUUACAAGGUGUCCGGUCUGGAGACAGGGCAAACUUAUUGCCUCAGAGUGACAGCAGUGAAUGAGGCUGGAGCUGGAUGUCCCUCUCUGCCCUCUGAGCCCGUCACUGUCACCACUCCACCAGGCUCCAAAGACAUCCAGAUCGGUGUGGAUGAUGACGGCUUCAUCUGUCUGACAUACGAGGCAGAGGAGAUUAAUGAGGAAACUCCAGGUCUCUGGAACAAAGAAUAUAGUGAGCCCAUAGAUGAGAGCAGAGCACAGGCACACAGCCAGAAGAACAGGGCCGUGCUCACCUUGACUGAUGCAUCGGAGGAGGAUCUGGGCCUGUACACUGUGGAGGUGACGGACAACCCCAGCAUGUCGUCCAGCUAUGAUUUCACUGCAGAAGACCUAGAACGACUGAAGGAGCUCAGCUGGCAAGUGAGAAAUCCAUUGAUCGGGCUGAAGACGGGCUGGCAGGUGGAGGUGUCAGAGGAGGGCAGGGUGCGCCUGUGGCUCCAAACAGAGAGUCUGAGCGACGCCGCAGAGCUCAGACUCAUAUUAAAUGACCAGGAAAUUCACAGCACCCCGCGUCGUACAAUCUCCCUGGACAAGCCCAAAGGUUUGGUGGAGAUUGUGUUUGAUCCUCUGUCCCCAGAAGACCAGGGCUCCUACACGGCUCAGCUGAGGGACGGCAAAGCCAAGAACCAGUUCACUUUAGUCUUUGUGGAUGAUUUGUUUCGUCAGACUAUGGCUUUGGCUGGUGCAAACCGACACAACUAUAAGAGGAAGUUUGGGCCCCAUUUCCAGGAAUAUCUGUCUUGGUCUGUGACAGAUGAAUGUGAAGUGGUUAUAAAGUGCAAGGUGGCAAACACGACUAAGGAGACAACCCUGAAAUGGUUUAAAGAGGGCAACGAGAUGAAGGGGGUGGCGUAUGACCCAACCUCUGGUCACAGCUCUUUCACAAUCUCACGGGUUACCCAAGAGGAGACGGGCACGUACAAGGCUGUGGUAUCUGAUAAGAGAGGAGAAGAUCAGAGUUUCUUAAAAUUAUCCGAUAAAGAGUAUGACAAGCUUCUGCAGCAGCUCAGUAAACAGUGUGCACUGUCAGCUGGGCCGCUAAGCAUCGAGUGCACGGAGGAAGGAUUCAGGCUUUUCUGCUCCCUCAAAUAUUACAUCAACUACCUGAAGACCAGCUGGUUUUUCAAGGAAAAGCCCAUGGACCAGACCAGGACCAGAACAGGCUACAGUCAGCAGAAGGUCUGGAUCGAUGUUCUCGACCCGACUGAGAAGGACCAGGGGAAAUACAGCUUAGAGAUGUUUGAUGGAAAAGACACACAUAAACGUCACCUGGACCUGUCAGGACAAGCCUUUGCCGAUGCCUUAAAGGAGUAUCAGAGAUUGAAACAAGCCGCCCUGGAUGCCAAAAGAAGGGCACAUGUGAUCAAAGGUCUGCCUGAUGUGGUGGCCAUUAUGGAGGGCAAGACUCUCUGCCUGACGUGCUAUGUUGAUGGAGACCCCUACCCAGACAUUUUCUGGCUCCGAAAUGACAAGCAGAUCGCCAGCGAAGGCCAGUUUUCCAUUACCAAGGAGCAUAAAUGUACAACCAUCACCAUCAAUAAUGUCACCAUGCAGGAUUCUGGGAAAUAUAGCAUAUUCGUGGAAAACAAAUAUGGCUCUGAGACGGUGGAUGUGACUGUGAGUGUGUAUAAACGCGGAGAUAAACCACCCGCCCAUGCUGUGAUGAUGGGUUAGGGACAUUAAGAAACAUUUUCAAAAAUAAAUCCUAAAUAUUGAAGGUGCAUUGCAUAACUUCUCUGGUGGAGGGUUUGUCAAAUGCUUUUUUCCAUGGAGAUGUGUUUGCUUUGUGUGGAAUGUUUCACAGUAUGGCAUUAAACCUUUCUAUCUUCAUGGAGACCAAACUAGAUCAAGUUACAUGUCAGAUCUAUGGAGGGGUGACCUUGCUUACUAGGUAUUUUUGAGAUAUAAAACCACAUGUAAUUGAAUAAAUGUAAGGUAGGGCUGUUUAAUAUCGUACUGUGGAACAUAGCGCUCCUUUAAAAUGCAUAUGGCCAUGUCCCUAAGUUCACUAACACAUAAUUGACAUAAUGAGAUUUAAGAUUUUACUUAAAAUGUUGCCUAGUUUUUUCUAUCUUUUUGUGAAGUUUAUAAUUUUACUUUGUGGCUGGACAUGGGCACCAGACAUGACAUGUGCAGAGGUAAUUACAUCAUUGUUACCUAAUAGCCAAAACUUGCACAACGGGUAUGAUUAAACCAAUAAAUAAAAAAUAAAUGACACAUCGUAAUUUGAAGGCUUAAACCAAAAAAAACACCCUCCCUAUAGUAUUUUGCUUUAAAAGUCAUUACUACUUUGUGGAUUUUUGUGCUUGUCUUUAUAACCUUUUUUUUCCCCACACAAACUAUCUUUAGACCGAAGUAAAACUAUAAUAAAUGUUACUAUCUAUGACUAUGGUACUAUUCCACCAAAUCAAGUAAAAAUGAGAAAAACAUGAAAACCUGUCAUGUGCAUUUCAAAGGUUAUGAUUUUAUUCAUGUUAAACUUUAAUUUAAUCAUCUUGAACUAUCUUCUGUCUGAGGUAUUUUAGUGGUAUUGGAUUAUUAAUGACAAUAUAAACAUAAUGCAUGUUUAGAUUAAUCUGUUGGAUAAUCAAUAAAUGAAUUGAAGAAAAUGUACAGUCUCUAUUUGUAUCUAACUUUGAAUUUCCUUUGGGCUCAGUAAAGCAUCUAUCUAUCUAAAUGUGUUUUAAGAGGUCUGAUGUGAACUGAGGCUGGUGCUCUUGUCCACCAACAGAAGCAAACAGUCCGUGGUGCCAUUG